AUGGCACCUACAUCAAAACAAGCUACACCACCUUCUUCACCAUCUCACCCCGGUGUCUCAACUAAACCGCCAUCCCCAUCCACAACAUUACAACCCACCUCUCAACCGUCAUCUCCGCAGCAUGUACACCCAUCUGAUAACCAUCAAAUAACAUCCAUGGAGCAAUCAAGUGAGCAUUCUGAUUCAGAAUCACAUACACAACACAAUCAUCAUGACAACCAUGAAGCCAGUAGCACAACCAGCAAUGUUCCAAACACACCCGAAACCAAACCAAUGCUUUCACACCCACAUGACAUAAUCCCAGUACCAGAAUCUCCUAAAAACCGUAAACCAGACGGGCCACAAACCAUGCAUACAAACCUGCCAGAUCAACUCUUUAACGAAAAACCCGCGAUUAUUACACUUGCAGGCGAUAAUAGAGGGACAACCAUGCAUAUAGGUUCUGGUGCAACGAAACGAGAAAAGUCGAUCCAUAUUCUCAGAAGGUAUAAAGCCAACCCUGAAGAAAGCACAGACACUGUUACUGACGACGAAGAAGAAAAGGAGAAUGAUUCAAAACCCGAUGAAAACGAAGAAAAAUCUUCAUACAUCAACUGCAACAUUCAGGGUAUCAACAACUCGAUGGUGUUCAAUUGCUCGAUUACAGAAAGGAGUCCUGGAGUUCAUUUCGGGUCGUGUAACGAGAAUGUGAAGAAACCGAAAAGGAUGUAUAUAAAGUCAACUGAUAUGAAGAAACUCAAAGUCAACGGUAUGCCGUCACAGAAGCAGACAGUUAGAAGGAGGUGUCUUAGAGGUCUGUUCAUGGAGUCGAGCGAGUCUGACCCGAAUGAUCCACAUACGCCUAGGCGUCAUGGCUGCCGUUAUGUUCCGGGAGAUAAAAGUAACAAAGAUGACAAAACGGAUGUUGUUUGA